GGCUAUUUAUUCCAACAAUCUCACGAGAAAUAUCUCGCCUCGGCAGGUCCGACUGAAUCCUCCGGCGACUAGCUCGCUGCAUGCUGCGUGGCCGGCCGCGCCGGGGCGCGGCAGGCCCGCGGGAACUGUGUGUGUCUCUCUUGCUGCUCUGAGUCUGAGUUUGAGUUCUGCCCCACUAAGUGAAACAUUCUUCUGAGAAAUGUAGAUUAUAGGCCUAUAGUAUACAAGUAAAUUUAACUGGUGUCUGGUGGUGGAUGUCAAUCAUAGUGCGAGAUGGAACUAUUGAAAACAAUAUUUCUCUAUCAAAUAAGAGUCAACAGGACUGGAUCAGUGUGGAUCUCCAUCAACAAAGCCCUUCAUACAUCAUCAGCUGCUGCCAUUUCCAAUUCGCACACCUCAUCAUCACAUUGUAGGCUUUUGUUGCAUAGCAGAAGAAAACAAUCUCAAAAUUUGGCUGCAUGCAGAUCCAAAGCCAACCAAUUCAUUGGUUGUUCUUGGAGGAAAAACACAAGACACUUGAUUUCUCUUAAUAAACUAAGGACUUCUAUUUAUAAUACCACAUUAUCCUCACACUUUUCAUCAGAAUCAUUCUCGGAGAUACCUUGUGCCAUCAAAAAAACUACUAUAAAGAAGACUUUGCCCAGUGGAUACCAUUGGAUUGAUGAGUAUGCUUGGAUGCAGGAAGAUUCGUCAGAGGAAUUUGUGCAAUAUAUAAAAGCAGAAAAUGAAUUUUCGGAACAGUACUUCAAUGCCUCAAAACCUAUGCAAGAAAAGCUGAGAGCAGAGAUGAAUAAAUAUGAAGAAAGUGAAUAUAUUUCUGAAACUAAUGAUAAGGUAUUAGAAGACUAUGCUUAUUAUUCUGAUGUAUCACAAAGCGGUUCAAGCAUUUUCUGCAGGAGGAAGAUCAGCACAGGAAAAGAUCAGGUUGUCUUGGACUCUGAUCAUCUCAUGGAGUUGUUUGGUUACAACCAGGUGAUCAUCACUGGUUUCAAGGUGUCCCCCUGCCAGCAGUUUGUAGGGGCAGUUGUAGAGGGUAGCCCUGAUAGGUAUGACGGUUAUAUUAUCAAGAUGGAAGCUGACGGUCAGAGUUGUUCGGUGGAAUGCAUCCAGGAUAUAUCAAAUAUGGAGUUCCUUAAUGAGGAUUGGUUGGUGUACUCCAAGCCAUAUAAUCUUCAAGCCAGGGAAGUGUGGAGGCAUCAGGUCGGCAGCUCACAGCAGAGAGAUGAAUUAAUCUUUGAGGAAAUGGAUGAAAGAUUCUUUGUAGAUCUGUCACGCACCAAGGACAGACGAUAUGUCAUCAUCAACAGCAACUCAAGAACAUCCUCAGAGCUGUGGUUGAUUGACCCUUGCAGAAGCUCUUCUGAAACACUACCCACUUUGUUGUGGCCAAGACAGGAUGGUGUAGAAUGCUACUUGGACCACUGUGGACAGACUUUCUAUGCUUUGUCCAACUCUGGGAUAUCUCCAGAAUUGAAGCUCCUAAAAGCCCGAUAUUCUGGUGAUUUCCAAAGUAGUGAAACAAUCCAUUGGGAAGAGCUUUAUGACCCACUCCCAGGUCAUGUGAUACAGGACUUGGAUGUGUUUGCCUCACAUUGCGUCUUGCCUUUGCUUGUCAACACCAUUCCACAGCUCACCAUCCUGGAGCAUGGUAAAGAUACAGAACCAUUGCAUAUAGAGCUCCAACCUGAAUAUACCACCAUUAUUCCAAGCCUCAAUGCAGACAUUAACUCCAGAUAUUACCAGUUCCAACUUUCAUCCCCUGUCCACUCACCAAAGAGGUUUGAAUUAGAUCUUCAGACUUGCAAUAUUGAGAUGAGUGAAGAUGAUACAGAGAGGGUCCGUUGUGCACAAAGCAAGAAACAUCCUGAGGACUUUACUUGUAAACGAUUAGUGGCAAAAAGUCAGGAUGGAACUGAAGUCCCCAUCACCGUCUUCCACCUAGAGAGCCUGCCGCUUAAUGGCCAACAUCCGAUGCUGGUCGUUGGCUAUGGCGCCUAUGGGAGAAAUGUAGAAAUUGAGUACACACCCCAGAGGAUGGCAUUGUUAUCCAAUGGAUGGGUGCUAGCAUUUUGUCACGUCAGAGGAGGUGGAGAGCUGGGAAAAGAAUGGUAUUAUUCAGGCAGAGUAGAACUAAAACCUUGCAGCUUUGAGGACUUCGAGAGCUGUAUAGAGUUCCUGCAUUCCUCUGGCUUCUCCCAGCCAGCCCUGACGGCUGGAUGGGCUGCCAGUGCAGGAGCCUUACUCCUGGGGGUACUAUGUAAUCAAAGGCCAGAGCUGCUGAGAGCAGCUGUCAUGAGAAUGCCUUUUGUUGAUAUCCUGUCAUCCAUGUUAGACUCUUCUUCACCUUUGACCUCUCAAGAUGUAGAAGAAUGGGGUGACCCAAAGGGAAGUGCAGCUGAAAUGGAAUGUAUAUCUUCCUAUUGCCCUUACCAUAAUCUGAAAUCACAGAACUAUCCAUCCAUUCUCAUCACAUCCUCUAUGAGUGACCAGCGAGUACCAGCAUGGAUUCCUGCAAAGUAUGUGGCAAGGCUGAGGGACAGAACAAGAGACCAUCGUCAUGGGCUCCACCUUCCUACAUUCCUGUUGAGGAUGUGUCCUGAUGGAGGUCACUUUGGGCUUGAUGAGGACGAUGGUGGGGUCGACCAGGCUACACUGGAAUGGGCAUUCUUGCACCAAGAGUUAUCCUUGAAUACACCGAGAUGAGAUUACUUGAAGAAAUUAUAUUGGCGCAAUCUCUCACCUAAACAUCUGCUGCUAUUAAUCCAUUGAUGAACAGUAGCUUCCUGACCAAGUAUUCAAGUGCCAGUAGGGCUGAGGAAGAUUAUAUUUUUCAAAUAUCUUGACUUUGAAACUUCAAUGAUUUCAAUACAUUGUGCAGCCUCAACUUUAUUAUGCAAGAGAUGUUUUCUUUUGGAAACAAACCACUUAUUGGGUUAAGAGUGUAUUCAUCAGAAGCAAAAAGGCAUGUUGUAAUAUUCAGCGAUAUAUCAGCGAUAUUUUUUUUACCCAGUACCACUUAUCACCUUGAACUUCUUCUUAAAGAUGUUUAUCUGAGAAUUAAAGUAACCAUUAAACUUCUAAAAGAAUUAUAUUGGUAACAUUUUGAGGCAGAUGUUUUUCAAAAGGCUUUUGGGUGAAUAACAGAAACUGAUAAUGACUACUUUGUGGAAGAAAUCAUCCCUUCUCCAAUGCCAUGAUUUAAUUCAACAAUUGUUCAAGUAACCUAAAUUCUGCAAUACACAAAUCGGUCUGAGAGCUGGAAAUACUUGGACUUUUCAAAAUUUGACUGCAGAAUUGUAAAUGACGUCUGCCUGAGAGACUAUUGUGAUUCCUCAAGAUUUCCAAUUAACCCUUAACGUGCCAUGAACACAUAUCUGUGCAUCCACUGGAGUGCCACGAACACAUUUUCGUGCAAUGGUCAUACAGCUAUUGUUAUGCCUAUUGCAUUUUGAAGAGUGCAUUGCAUGCAUGAGUGAUUCCAUUGUUCAGUUCAGCUUAUGAUCAAGAGGUUUAACAUUAUUGUCUCAUGAGUGAUUAUCUUUUUUUAUAAAUAAAACAUUUAAAUAUAGACUGAAAAAAAAGUGGCACUCGCUGAUUGCAGUGAAUGGCACAUUGAGAGUUAAUAUAUAGCAUGCAAGUUAAACAUUGUAACUUGAGUUUCAUUGUCUGGAUAUACUCUCCAGUUACCUUGCCAAAUAGAUGUAGCCUGUGAGCUAUUCAUUAAAGAUAACAUUUUCCAUGAUGUUGUGAUGGAAAUAAUUUAUUCUAACAUGAAAAUACCUUUGAAAUACAAUUGGGGGAGGAAGAUUCAGAUAAAGACCCAUUUGUGCAUGUUUAGUCCUGGGCCUCAUAAUACAAAGCAAUGUGCUUCAUCAUAAGGUUAACUUUUAUGAUCGAUUACAUUGAUCAUUAUGUGCCAUCAAGUGUACAAAUCAACUGUAUGAUCAAUCACUUAGUUUUGUGUUAUGGCCCCCUGAUUUUCUUUCGGUAUCUCUAUAGCAUGAGAGGUGUCAACCACUUUGCCUCAUGCAGCCUUUCACGAUGGCUUUCCAAAAUUCCAUGUGACAUUUAUUCAUUUCUGCAAAAAAAAUCUAUAAAGAGCUAUUUGGUUUGAUUCCCACUAAAAGAUGUGAUUGUACAUGACUCAAAAAUUCUUUCAGGUGCCUUUUCAUCUGAAACUACUGUCUUCUCUCCCAUUUAUAUUUCUUUUGAAAGUUCCCUAUUGUAAGCAUUAUACCAGUGAUCAUAGAAAUCAAAGAAAGUUCAAAUUCUACCAAGAUGUAUGACUAUUAAAUUAUAAGUGAAUGAUAUCCAUAAA